UGUUAUUUAAAAAUGAAUCGAAUGAAUCAAAAUGUGAUGAAUCAGAUGAAUCAGAAUUUGAUAAUGAAUCCGAUAAAUCAAAUUUUGCAUUUCGCAUGUUUAAUGUUAAUAGGAAGUCGAAUAAUAAUGACAAAUCAGAUCAGGAAUAUAACGAUAGUUUAUCAUACAGAAAACUUUCUUGUAUCUCUACCUCAAAAAUAUUAAAAUUUACGAAAAAGCAAUCUAAGUUGAUUAAGUCUCAAAACAAAUUAAGCUGGUCAAUUGCU